UUUCUGGGGCAGUGCAACGACAUCGACAGGGAACUCAACAAGUGUCUGAAGCAGGAGCGAAAGGAUAACCAGAAGAAGAAUUUGGAGCUUUCCAGGGAGAGAAUUAAGCGUGUUCAGGAGCGAAUGAGAAAUUCCAAAGAUGAAGACUGAGUCAAGUGAAGAACUCUCCCAAUUUUAUUACACUCCCGAUCUUAGGUCUUUUGUAGGGGACGUAAGAAUCCCAGACAUUACCGAGGAAUAUGAUCCUACAAAGUCAUAUCCUUCGGUAGUUGAUAAAUUCUAUACACGAUACUAUUUCGUUCGUCCUGAGAAGAAGGACGAAGACCACAUGGUUCUUGUGCAUUCAAAUCGCAUUUGCCUCAUUGGCCUCUCUCCCAAACACGUGGCUUUGCAGAAGGGUAUUGCCUCUGUCACUUAUGACAUCGGCAACUACGACAGGAGCAAGAAUCAAGUUUCCGGAAAGGCCAAAAAGGGAGGGAUGCAACUCCAACCAGGAACUGCCUUGGCUCUGGUUAAAUGCAUUGAUGGUUCUGAGUACAAAGUCGUCAGUAGCAUUACUGGGAGGCUUAUUGAGGUCAAUUCCCGGAUUGUGGAGAACCCAAAAAUGAUGGAAUCCGAAGGAGAGGGCUAUGUGGCAAUUGUUUUGCCUAGGCUCGAUAAGGUUGAGACUAUUAAGGCUUCUCUUAUGACUGAGGAGCAAUACAAUGAGGUCAUUAUCCAGGAGUUAGAUCAAUAAGAUUUUGAAAUAUACUUUAGAGUUACUUUCCUAAAAAUUUUUAAAAUUAUCAUGUGAAAUUAACUCAAAAUGUUACAAUUAUUGAAAUAAAUCUUUACAAAAAUAAAAAACAAA